UGGGAACCGCGGGAGCAGGCUGAGCUCCCAGCCGGCGCUGGGAGAGGGUGAAGGUCUGUGCUGGGAACUGGGAGAGCCACGUGCCUCGGUGCUGAUGGAGGGAGAAGGAUGGUUUGCUCAUGGUGGGAUUAUCUCAGCAAACCUUCUCUGUGUGUCCCCCAAAGUGCCGUUAAGGACUGAUGUGCCUUCGCUGGGGUGUCUGCGUGCCCGUUCCCGCGGGGUCCUGCUGGGGUGGCAUCUCUGGGUUUGUGUGGGAGCGCUGCCAGUAGCGGGAUACCAGCCUGGGAGCUCUUCCUCGUUUGUGCCCCUUCUCUCUGCGGCAGGAGAAACCGUGCGGACCUCUGGUCAGGGCAGGCUUUGAGCUGGCGGGACAGAACGUAUCAGAUGUGUCACUUGGCGGGGGACAAGCAGGAGUUGCUCAGGGGGCUCCCUGGGACGUCCCCGUCCACCUCUCUGCCUGCGUCGUCAGCGUGGUGUGUGGGGACAAGUCCAUGCCCACCCCGUCUGCCUCGGGGCUGGGGGAGCUGUGGGCAGCGCCCCAGCCUGGGCUCUGCCUCCAGGGGACAGAGGGCACCGGCGUGUGACAGAGGCGGUGGCCCCACGCGUCCCUUGGCCACCACGGAAUUAAGGGACUUUUUUGCCAAAGCCCGAAAUGGUUCAGUUCGGCUCAUCAAGGUCAUCAUUGAGGAUGAACAGCUCGUGCUGGGAGCCCACAAAGAGCUGUCCCGGCGCUGGGACAUGGACUACGAUGCCUUCGUGCUGCCCUUGCUGGACGAGCAGCAGCCGUGCUACGUGCUGUACCGCCUGGACAGCCAGAACGCCCAGGGCUACGAGUGGCUCUUCAUCUCCUGGUCCCCCGACAGCUCCCCGGUCCGGCUGAAGAUGCUGUACGCCGCCACCAGAGCCACGGUGAAGAAGGAGUUUGGUGGGGGGCACAUAAAGGACGAGAUGUUUGGAACAGUGAAGGAGGACGUAUCCCUGAGCGGUUACCAAAAGCACGUGUCCUCCUGCUCUGCCCCGGCCCCGCUGACUGCAGCCGAGCAGGAGCUCCAGCAGAUCCGCAUCAACGAGGGUGACGUGGCCCAGGACCUGCCUUCCCUGGCCUCCAGCAGAGAGAUGGUACGCCUCCAUCCUCAGCAUGUCCGUGUGUCCCCCACCCCCUCUCGCUUCCCACGAGACCCCCCGUCCCCCCCCCCGUCCCCACGCGGGGUGCCAUUGACGGUGUGUCUCCUCUCCCCACGCUCGCAGGAUUCCUGUUCCCAGGACUCGAGCACCGAGAUGGUGAAGACGGAGAUCAGCGUGGAGAGCAAACACCAGACCCUGCAGGGCCUGGCCUUCCCCCUGCAGCUGGAUGCUCAGCAAGCCAUCCAGGCCCUCAAGCAGAAGAAAAUCAACUACAUCCAGCUGAAACUGGAUCUGGAGCGGGAGACCAUCGACCUGGUGCACACGAGCCCCACGGAGAUCGCCGACCUGCCCAAGAGGAUUCCCCAGGACUCGGCUCGCUACCAUUUCUUCCUGUACAAGCACUCACAUGAGGGAGACUACCUGGAGUCUGUCGUCUUUAUCUACUCCAUGCCCGGGUACAAAUGCAGCAUCAAGGAGCGCAUGCUCUACUCCAGCUGCAAGAGCCGGUUGCUGGACACUGUGGAGCAGGAGUUUUGCCUGGAGAUAGCCAAGAAGAUCGAGAUCGACGAUGGAGCUGAGCUGACGGCGGAGUUCCUGUACGAGGAGGUGCACCCCAAGCAGCAUGCCUUCAAGCAGGCCUUCGCCAAGCCCAAGGGGCCCGUGGGGAAACGGGGACAGAAGCGGCUGAUCAAGGGGCCGGGCGAGAACGGCGAGGAGAGUUAGAUCCCGCAGGACUGGACGGUGAACGGACAGCAUCCCCGCAGCGCUUCCCAGCUUCCUCUCUGCUGACCUGGAGAUCUUUCCCUCCAUCUCAGCCUUCUUUUUUUUUUCCUUCCCUUCUUUUUCCUACUUCAUUCCUUUUUUAAACAUCAAGGUGGCCUGUUGCACCUGGGGGCAGAGCGAGGGGGAGGGUUCGGGGUUGUUGGUGUUUCUUUUCCCUGCGUCCUUGUGCAAGCCCCGGGGCUGCUGGAGGAGGACGGGAGCAGCAGGGUUGUGCCCCCCAGCCUUGCUCCUGUCCCCUCCAGGGGUCACAGCCGCUGCUCUCCGUGUCCCCUGGGUGACGGAAGGACACACUCGCUUGCAAGCUGCUCUAUGCAAAGGGAAGGGGAUGGCGGUGGGGAUUCCUGUUUGAAAAGAGAAAAUGCUUCUUCCCCUGCUCCCCCAGCCCCAACAUUUUGCUCUCCCAUCCCACUCUCGGUGUGCACAGCCCAUCUGCCCCAGGCCUGGAGCGAUCCUGCACCCCCUCAGGGUGCGGGCAGGACCCCUCCCUGCGAGGUGGCUUUGCUGGCAGGAGUUUGUCCCUGGGGAGGUAGAGGGUCCCCCCCUGAGGCCUGAGCUCAGCUUGGCCCUGGAAAAAGGUCACUCUGCCUUUGGGCGAUGUUUGCAUCCCCUUUCUGAACCCCCCAAUAAGGCUUUUCAGGGAGCUGUUACAGCCCUGACUUGGCCCCAUCCUGGUUUAGGAGGGGAGCUGGGGGGGCCCCGAGCCCUGGUGCCCCCCUCCCCGUGUCCUAGCCCCCGCUGUCAUCCCCCUAGUUUGCUGCUGGCUCUCUGGUCUGGGGCAGCCUCGUGUUUUAAAAAUUUGGCUACCCCAAAUCCUCAUGCAGGGCAGCGUGAUAGCCCCUGCGUGCCCCCCCCGCCCCCCUGGGACGUCCCCAGCCACCAAGGGCCAUCAUCAGCUCCGAGGGCUGAGCUUGGUGCUGCGAAUUGGGCUUCACUGGGGGCUUCGGGGGGGGAGAGCGCCUUGCUGCUGGGUACCAGCGAGGGCUCGGGAGCCGCCCCCCUCCCCGGGGAGAUGGAAACGGGGGGGUGAAACCUGCCCUCCGCUUCCCUGCCACCCCGUGAACGUGCCUCAGUGGAGCAGGAGCAGGCGCUGGGGGGGCCGAAGCUGGGUGGAGCAGAGCACACUGUACUGAACGCUGUAUUUUCUAAAGAAUAAAGUAUUUUUAAAACA